AUGCCCGCAUUUAAUUCCAAUACCCAGACAUGGUUUCUGCAACUCGACGCAAUAUUUCAGGCGCGACACGUCACAUCAAAGCAGUCCAAGUUUGCCUCAGUCGUUGAGAAGCUACCUGCGGAAGUCGCCGCAGAAGUUGCAGACAUACUCACAAACCUUCCAACCGACAAGCCUUACAAAGUAUUAAAGCAGGCCAUAUUGCGUCGCACGGGUUGCUCUGAGGAACGUAAAAUCAAAGACCUUCUCACAAAUUUAACCAUAGGCGACAGCAAGCCAUCUCAACUCUUACGCCGCAUGCAAUCGUUACUUGGCAGCAACACCAUAUCUGACACUGUCCUUAAGCAGAUGUGGUUAGACAAACUACAUCCUGAAAUCGUCCGAAUAUUAGCCGCCCUAAAAGACGAAGUCGGCUUUCAGAAGUUGUCUGUAAUUGUCGACAAAAUAGCUGAUACUACUCCAGUUCGGCAAAUAUCCUCUACAAGCACGUCAGACGACCUCACUUCGGAUUUUCAUCAUAAAUUACAACUUCUAACAUCCAAAUUGCAAAAACUAUCCCUACGGCUCGAUGAAGUGCAAAACAAACCGAGAAAAAGCCGUGGCAACUCAAUUACACGACAUUUCAACCGUAGACCACGUUCAGCGUCGCGUCGCCCUCACCGCCAUCAACAUGGUAACUGCUGGUACCAUGAGAUGUUUGGCGCGCAAAAAAAAAAUGCCAGCCUCCAUGUGCUUUCCGGAACACAUUUUCAACUGAAUUACAGGGAAACGGAUUAUCUGGCACCCAGUAAAGGCGUUGGAUGCCACGGCUAA